AUGGAUCACAGCCAGAGCAUGUUCGCCCAUCUGAACGGCCAGUCGCCCUUUUACUCUACGAUUCCCGGCAUGGCAAUGCAUCAUGAUAUGACUAGUCCGCUCGAUGAUAUGCUAAGUCCCCUGAUACCUGCUGCCACAACUUCCGUGGAUCCCUCCGUUAUCUCGAAUCAGCCCAUUAGCAUGGCCGGCAUACAACAACCCUAUGGUCAGCCCAUGGCACAUCAGAUGUGUACUAUGGCAGCAGACCACAUUGAUGCAUAUGCGCAGCCACACACUUUUCCUCCAGCAGCGAUGCUUCAUAGAAACUCGGACUUGGGCCCUCUUACUCAAGAUAAUAACUCCUUUGCCCAGUUGCAGCUGCGUCGUGGGUCAGCCAGUGUUACCACAGAUCAGAAACAGCAGCAACUGAAAGAGCAGGAAUUCUACAAUGAAGACUUCCGGUUUCAUGCCGUCCUUCGUGCAGCUACAGCGAUGGUCAAAGACCCAGACGAAAUCCCAAUCACCUACCUCAACAAGGGUCAAGCAUACACAUUGACCAUCUUCGACUCUGCCGCCCUGAGCUCUCCUCGCCGACCCACAAAAUACCGAACUUAUAUUCGGGUCUCAUUCGAAGAAGAAGAACAGAGAUCAAAGCCUGCUAGCUGUUGGCAGCUGUGGCAAGAAGGACGUGGUGCAAACGAGGCUCAUCACCGAGACGGCAAGCUUCUUGCAGUCGAACACGUUGAUCCCAACCAGGGAGGUGACGGUGACCUACGCCACCAGCAAGUCCAGCUUGAGAGUGAAAACUUCGAUGGCUUCUCAGUAGUUUGGACUCCAAACAGAAUUAACGGGAGACACGAGUGUGCUAUAUCGGUGAGGUUCAACUUCCUCUCAACCGACUUCAGCCACUCCAAGGGUGUGAAGGGUAUUCCCGUCAGACUCUGUGCCAAAACUCAGGUCGUUUCCGGUAUCUCGGAAAUCCCAAUACCGGAGUACGCUGAAGUGUCAUACUGCAAAGUCAAGCUGUUCCGUGACCACGGAGCUGAACGCAAGCUGUCCAAUGAUGCCACACAUGUGAAGAAGCAAAUAGAGAAGACCCGAAGUCAGAUACUUCAAGCAGAGUCCGGUGCUGCCAGUGGUGAGAAGAGGAAGCGAAGUGGCUCGAUCUCCAGGGGGGGAAGCGGGAACAAGGUCAGCAAGACUCCCAAGUCAAAGAGGUCCUGGUCCCAGGGACAAGGCGAAAAGGCACCAUUCGAGGAUGAUCUACACUCUAGACUUCAGAGUUUCAUGGAGAUGUUUCGCUCCGUACGACAUGCCAGUGUCUUGAACCUCAAGGGAGAUCCCGAAGACGAUCCAGAUGCGUACCCGGUGAGAAUAGACCAGCCUCUAGAAAACAACAGCAACAACAUGGCCGGUGCUACACUGGAAUGGGAUGCCGCGCACGCCGCUACCGCCAAUGACGGAACAAUCUCACAUUCUUUUUCUCCAGCCAGCAGUCAUCGCUCUAUCACAUCAUCCCGCCACUCUUUCGACGUCAAGCCCAAUAUGGCUACGAAUGGUGCGAUGUUUGGGGACUCACGCCACGGGUCGGUUGACUGGUCUGGCUUUGCCUCGCAUGAUCCCGAGGUCCAUCCACACCCCAAGCAUGGCCAGGUCCUGAGCCAGCCAAUCAAGAUCCAGCGACACGGCGCCACUGAUGCGAAUGAUGGAUGGUUUGAAGCCAUGGGCGUCGACCCAAACUACAACCCUCCAUCAGACGCAAUCGUCGUUCCAAAACACUGUUUCUACGUCAAGGCCAGCCAGAAUGACGAUGAGAAAACAGCAAACUACCAUCAUGCAAUCUACAUCCAGCAGCGCAAUAGCCAGGAGUUUGUCGAGGCCCUAGCCAGGAAAUGGAAGCUUGACCCUGCAAAUGUCAUCCGCACCAUCCAGGUUCGCGAUGAUGGCCUUAGCGUCAUCGUCGACGAUGAUGUUGUGCGAGAGCUACCUGAGGGUAAAGACAUGGUAGCCGAGUUCCUCCAGCUUCGCGAAGAAUCAGAAGGUCCAAAUAUGGACGUCGACUCUCCUGUCUCACCUGGAGCUGCCGGUCCAGUCGAAAUUCGACUGAAGUUUUAA